AUGAUUGCUAUCCAUAAAGUGUUCAUCAUUGUCGUAUUUCUUUUCAUCGUUGUUUCUUCUGCCCGAGAAAAAGAAGUAUCUGUUGAACGUCAUACAGAGAAGGUGAAGUCAGAAAAGCCUCAACUGGUUUCUUCUGAGAACACUGAUAAUUCUGAAGAAUUCGAAACAAGUACCUAUUUUGAGCGGAAAACAUCUAAAUCGCAUGCACCAAAAAGAUCGGAUAAAGUAAGCGUUUUAAAGUCCGAAAAAUCUGAUGAGACACCCAGCAAAUCUGAAAGAAGAAAAUCUGAUAAUACAGUUAGAACAGUCUCGAAGACUACAAGUAAGAAUACUGAGGUCAAGAAACGUAAAAUUGACGAAGAUGAUGAUUUAAACAGUCAAAAAUCAAACGAAAGAGGCGAUAAAAGUGACUUGAAUAGUCGUGAGUCCAGUGAGAAAAAAGAUAAGGAUAAAAAAGUGAGACUUACAUUGCCCGAACGGAAGUCAAAAGAGUCAAGUGACACUCGUCUUCAGUCUAAGAAAGGAAAUAAGAAAGGUAACGAUGAAGAUGAUGAUCUCGGUGAUUCCGCUGCAGUUUUAAGCACCUCAGCCACAGUACUUUGGUUAUUCCUUUUGCAUUUCACAUUUUACUGA